CCUCCACCCCGCUGCUUGUCACGCUCUCGUUGGUCGAUCACUCCAUCGAUCCAUCGAUCGAUCGCUAGCUACUCGCCGUCGUCGACCGGUCGAUCCGCCAUUAGCGAGCUGCAAGGCUCUCUCGCUUAUAAAUCUUCCGAGUAGGCAAGCCUCAAUCGAUCCGAGAGUUUGGUCGUUGAUCGAGCUGAUCGAUCGACCGGUGAGUGGUGCGUGGUGUGCGGCCAUGGACGACGGCGGCGGCGGCGGCGGCGGCGACUCGUCGCCGGCUUCGUACAUCAGAUUGGUGCAGCAUCUGAUCGAGAAGUGCAUCUGCUACAACAUGAACAAGGAGGAAUGCAUGGAGACGCUGGAGAAGCACGCCAACAUCAAGCCCGUCAUCACCUCCACCGUGUGGAAGGAGCUUGAGAAGGAGAACAGCGAGUUCUUCGCCACGUACAAGAAGGGCCAAGGAGAGGAACCAGCGGAGAGCAAGAGCAGUAGUUCUUCACAGGAAGCUGCUGGUUCCAAGAGAUCAGGCGGAGACGACGACUAGGUGCAUGCAUGGCACCCACGAGAGAGGGGGCUACUUGUACAGUAGGAUAUCCAUCAAGUCGUAGUACCUCGUACUGUCUUACAUCUAGCUGUUCAUAGUACAUAGCGUAUAGUAGUAAUGUAGCCGUUAUUAUGUACGUUUUGCCCCGAAAAUAAUUAAGAUUCGGAUUCGCAGCUAGCCAUCGUCUAGUUCAGCCGGUGGUGUUGCAUGCAUCCGGAAGAUGACGUACGUGUGUACACAUAUAUUCACAUUCGAGUGCCUAGCUACCUUGUUGCUGUCAGUAAAAAGAUCGAUGGAUCUCUCUCGGUCGAUUUUUUAAGUAAAUGACGCCGUUAUUUAUUUCA